UAAAACAAAAAAGAGAAGAGAGAAACAAAUCAAUGGCUGAGGCUGCAGUGGGUUUUGUAGUCCAGAAACUUGGUGAUCUGAUUGUGCAAGAAUCCAUCAUUUUGUAUGGGGUGAGAGACGAAGUGGAGUGGUUGGAACGAGAACUGCGGCGAAUGCAGUGCUUCCUAAAGGAUGCAGAUUCAAAGAAGAACAAGACAGAUGAUGAGAGGAUCAAGAACUGGGUCACAGAGAUGAGAGAUCUUGCUUUUGAAGCUGAGGAUAUUAUUGACACUUUCAUGUACUUAAAGCUCCGUCGACAACACAAGCCUGGUUGCGUUGGUUUCAUCAAGGGGUAUAUGUUCAUACCUGUUGAACUUAUCCAUAGACACAAGAUUCAUGUGGAUGUUAGAAGAAUAGAAGCUGAGAUCCAAAAGCUAUCUGAAAGUAGAACAAGAUACGGAAUUGCUAAUAUUGAUGAAACAAAUGGCACAACUAGUCAGUCUAGAAGUCAAGACAUGAUCCCUAUAUUACCUCAAUUGAAUGAUGAAAUAGAUAUUGUUGGCUUUGAUAAUGAGAAGAAAAAGAUUGUGCAAGAGUUGGUUGACAUAAAUGAUACAAAUCAAACAGUGAUAUCUAUAGUCGGUAUGGGUGGUUUGGGAAAGACCACACUUGCUAAAUCCAUUUAUAAUGAUCAUGAAGUCAAGAGAAGUUUUGAUAUAUUUGCAUGGGUAAUCAUAUCUCAAGAAUAUACCAUCCUUGAGAUUUUGAAAAGAAUCUCAUCAGAAGUUUCAGCAACUCCAUCAGCCGAUACAAUCCGAGACCUCUCAGUUGCCAUUUCUAAAAAAUUGAAGGAAGGCAAGUACUUAAUUGUUCUUGAUGAUAUUUGGAAAGAAGAUGUAUGGAAUGAAUUACUUAAAGCUUUUCCGGAUGUUAAGAAUGGAAGUAGAGUUAUUAUCACCACUCGCUUCUUAAAUGUUGCUAAGAUUGCAAAUCGUACUGCCCAACCUCAUGAAUUGCGAUUUUUAAAUAAAAAAGAGAGCUGGGAGUUGUUUCUUCGCAAGGUCUUCCCAAGACAAGAUAUUGAAACAUGUUGCCCAAUAUAUUUGGUUGAUUAUGCUCAUCAGCUUAUUCAAAAGUGCAGCGGUCUACCACUAGCACUAGUAGUCCUUGGAGGACUUGUCUCAACUAAACCACAAACCCAAGAUGCAUGGCAGAAAGUUGUUGAGAGCAUGAAAGGGCAAUUUGCUAAAUGUGGAGAAAGGUGUUUAGAAAUACUUGCAUUGAGCUAUAAUGAUUUGCCAUAUUACUUGAAAUCAUGUUAUCUUUAUUUUGGUUGCUUCCGAGAGCACAAGAAUAUUUCUGCACAAACAUUAAUUAGAUUGUGGUCAGCUGAAGGUUUUUUACCAACAAAAACUAGUAAAACCGUAGAAGAAAUUGGACUGGAUUGGUUGGAGGAAUUGACACAAAGAUGUUUGAUCCAAGUUACCGACUGGAAAUGUGAUGGUAGUGCAAAGUAUUGCCGAAUCCAUGAUCUCUUGCGUGAUUUGUGCAUUGAGGAAGCCAAAGAGAACAAAUAUCUUCAAAUCUAUAAGAAUGACAGUGUAGAUCAUGUGACAAUGUCAAAUGCAACUGCAGCCCGACGACUAAUCACAUUUAAUGAGAUUGAGAUUCUAAACUUUUCUAACUCGAAGUUACGGGGUUUAUUCUUUGAUGGGCAUCAUAUUGAUCCUCUGACCUUCCAAGUGAUGAAUAGACAGUUUGGUGGAUUUAAAUUAUUAAGAGUGCUUUCUUUAAGGAAUUUGUCUACAUCAAAAUUUCCAAGUGAAAUCAAAUCAUUAAUUCAUUUAAGAUAUCUUGAGUUGCGUGCUUUCGGUUUGAUGGAAGUUCCAUCAUGGAUUAGUCAUCUUCGCAAUCUCCAGACUUUUAUUAUCGGUACUACUAAACAGUUAGAAAAUAUAUCAGAUUCACUUUGGAGGAUUGACAGUCUCAGGCAUGUUGAUCUAUGUAUUUCAAGCACUUAUCCACCGAAUAUGGAAAAUAUUGUAUUAAAGAAUUUGCAGACUUUAAAAGGGGUAAAUGCUGGAUCAUGGAUAGGGAAUACACUUCCAAAGCUCACAAAUCUACGAAAAUUGUGCAUUAAUGAUGUCACUAUUGACCAUGCUGAUGCACUAUCUUCAUCACUCCAGAAAUUGGGUCAACUUACCUCCUUAAAUAUAGAGGGAGCUCUAAUUCCUUCCUACAAUGUGAUAUGUUCGGCAACAGGUUUCCCUCAACUAUUAUCCUUGACAGUUGUGGGUUUUUAUGAACUUGAGGAGUGGACGAUAGAGGAGAAUGCAAUGCCAUGCCUCAAGUAUUUACUGCUAUUUCGUUGUCCAAAGUUGAAGAUGAUUCCAGAAGGACUGAAGAAUGUGCCACUUGAUCAAUUGGAAUUGACAUUAAUGUCUGCAGAAUUUAAAACUAGGAUUAAGGAGAAUACAGGAGAAGACUGGUACAAGAUACAACAUGUGCCCAACAUCUCCAUCAUAUAG